CUCUCAAUUCCUGCUCACUCCUUCAUUGUCCUCCUCCAGUUGAGGUGAUUCCACUCGUUUGUCAAGUCAUUCAUUUUAAGAGUAUAAAUUUCCAGUGAAACCCCCGCCUAUCUUAUUAGGCUGUCAUUCCUUUCAUUCACACCGGGUUGAUCCCUAAUAUUCCGAUAUUCCUUAUUGUUGAUUAUUAUUCCCUACCUUCAUAAUGCAUCUUCCUUCGCUUUCACUGCCUCUGGCGGCUUUGAGCCUCAUCACUCCUUCGUUGGCCUAUCCCCGAUUCAAGUCUACACAGCCCGAUCCCACCGAGUCCCGUGCAGAAGCCGUAAAGGAAGCUUUCGUGCAUGCUUGGGACGGUUACAAGCGAUAUGCAUACCCACACGAUGAACUGCACCCUAUCUCGAACGGAUUCGGCGAUACACGAAACGGUUGGGGUGCCUCCGCCGUCGACGCCCUGUCAACGGCCAUUAUCAUGCGUAAUGCCACCAUUGUCAACCAGAUCUUGGACCAUAUCGCCCAGAUUGACUACUCCAAGACCAAGGAUCAGGUGAGCCUGUUUGAGACUACAAUUCGGUACCUGGGUGGCAUGCUAUCUGGUUAUGACCUGUUGAACGGCCCGGCGGCGGGCCUCGCCGAAGACCCGGUGAAGGUUGAGCAGCUCUUAGCUCAGUCGGAAAAGUUGGCCGACGUCCUUAAGUUCGCCUUCGACACUCCCAGCGGUGUUCCGCACAAUAAUAUCAACAUUACCUCCCAAGGGAAUGAUGGCGCACAAACCAAUGGAUUGGCCGUGACAGGUACAUUGGUCCUCGAAUGGACGCGACUUUCGGAUCUGACUGGGGAUCCGAAGUAUGCACAGCUCAGCCAGAAAGCCGAGAAUUAUCUGCUCAACCCGAAGCCAAAGGGAGGGGAACCUUUCCCCGGACUGGUGGGAAGCUAUAUCAGUAUCGCAACGGGAGAGUUCACGGACGGACAUGUGAGCUGGGAUGGGGGCGACGACUCCUACUAUGAAUACCUCAUUAAGAUGUACAUAUAUGACCCUAAGAAGUACAGCGUCUACAAGGAUCGCUGGGUGGCUGCGGCUGAGUCUGCCAUGAAACACCUGGCAUCGCAUCCAUCAACUCGCCCGGACCUGACGUUCCUAUCGUCAUACAACAACGGUGAAAGCAGCCUGAAUUCCCAGCAUCUCACUUGCUUUGAUGGGGGUAGCUUCUUGCUUGGCGGAACGGUCCUGGACCGUGACGACUUUAUUGAUUUUGGCCUGGCUUUGGUGAAUGGAUGUCACGAGACUUAUAAUCAAACUCUAACUGGUAUCGGGCCCGAGAGCUUUGGUUGGGACCCUAAAUCUGUCCCAUCGGACCAGAAGGAGCUGUAUGAGCGUGCGGGCUUCUACAUUACCAGCGGUGCUUAUAUCCUUCGUCCCGAGGUGAUCGAAAGUUUCUACUACGCCUGGCGUGUUACUGGUGAAGAAACUUACCGUGAGUGGGUGUGGGCCGCGUUUGAGGCGAUCAACAAGUACUGUCGCACUAGCUCCGGAUUUGCUGGCCUGACCAACGUCAACGCUGCCAAUGGCGGGGGCCGGUUUGAUAAUCAGGAAAGUUUCCUGUUCGCCGAGGUGCUGAAGUAUGUGUAUCUGACCUUUGCUCCUGAUGAUGAGUGGCAAGUCCAGCGCGGUGGCGGCAAUAAGUUUGUCUAUAACACUGAGGCUCAUCCUAUUCAGGUGGCAUAGUUGUAUAUAAUUUUCCACUGUCCAGUGUCGAUAUAGAUUAAUUCUGAAAUCCAAGCAUAUUGUG